CGCGCUUCUACCCGCGCACCAAGGACAAGAGCGUGCGCAAGGUGGAGCUGAACAUCGAGCCGGGCCAGAGCCUGGGCCUGAUGAUCCGCGGCGGCGUCGAGUACAGCCUGGGCAUCUUCAUCACCGGCGUCGACAAGGACUCGGUCGCCGACCGCGCCGGCCUCAUGAUCGGCGACCAGAUCCUGGAGGUGAACGGCCAGUCGUUCCUGGACGUGACGCACGACGAGGCGGUGUCGCAGCUCAAGUUCCACAAGCGCAUGUCGCUGCUGGUGCGCGACGUGGGCAAGGUGCCGCACUCCUGCACCGCCUACAGCGACCCCUGUUGGCAGCGCGGGGGCAGAGAGGGUGGUGGAGUUGGGAACCGCAGCGCUUAUUGCUGGAGCCGAGUUGCAGGCCGUGCUGACGGUGUGGCGGUUGGCAGGCGGUCGGUGGCGCGGAAGCCGCGCUCGGCGGCGCUGCAGAUGGUGGAGGAGAAGGCGCGCGUCGUGCUGUCCAAGGCGGAGUUCUCGACGCUCGCCUACUACCAGGAGGAGUACGCCGCGCGCCAGAUGACCAUCGAGGCCUUCGUCGCCGUCCUGCUCGAGCUGCUCAACACGCCCGAGAAGUACACACUGCUGACGGAGCUGCGGGAGGUGGUGGCUCCUGAGGACCGCAGCCGCUUCGACGAGCUGGUCUACCGCCGCGAGGCCGAGGGGCAGCGAUGCCGCGAGCUGCGAGACCUGCUGGCCACGCCCUCCAGGCACCAUCAGCAGCACCGGAAGGCGGGCGUGUCGGCGGACGGCGCGGGCAACCACGCGCUGCUUCUGUCCAACCUGCACGACCUGCCGGGCCCCGGCGAGGAGGCGCCGGUCUGCGCGGGCGGCUGGGAGGCGGGCGCCGGCGUCGGCGGCUGCGUGGGCGUGUUUUCGCAGCAGCGGCCGUGCCAGUUCCCGGUGGCCGUGGCGGCGCCGCUUAGCGAACCCGACGAGUUCAGGACGCCCAGCGAGGACUCGGGCGUGUGUCUGGGCGCGGACGGGCCCGGCUGCAGUAGGGGGGCGGCGGCCGCGGGCGGCGGGGGCGGCUGCGGGGGCGGCGCCUGGGCCUCCAGCCGGCGCGCCGCCUCCUCAGACCUGGCGCUCUCCGCCACCGACGACACCGACCAGGUACCCGCGACCGACACCGCCCCCACCCCGCGCUCCACUGCUCCCGACUUCUCCUGCUGGCCCAGCACAUAA